AGUUUUCGUUAAUUCCUUCCCAAAUAAUGUGAAAACUUUAUCAAAAACCAUUCAGUUCCAUCCGUGAUAAUGAUCCAAACACUCCUCUUCACUAUAAUAACGAUAAACGGUGUAAGUGAAAGCGCUAGAAUCCUAGGAGUGAUCCCAACUCCUAGCUACAGCCACCAGAUAGUCUUCAGGCCUCUAUGGAGAGAGCUAGCUAAAAGAGGUCAUGACCUAGUCGUCAUAACAACCGAUCCAGAAAACGAUCCCAGCUCUACGAUUCGCGAAAUAGAUGUCAGCUCCACCUACGACACCUGGCAACAAAUGGACUUCAUCAAACUCAUGGAGGAAUACAAGUACAACCCUUUGAAGCUGAUGAACCUCGUGAAAGAAGCUAGCUUCGCAGCCUGCGACAAGGAGCUAGCUCACCCAGAAAUCCAGGUCCUGUUGAAGAACCAAUCAGAGCACUUCGACCUGGUGCUAGUUGAAUAUAUCCACCCGAUAAUGUUGGCAUUCUCCGUUAGGUUCAAGUGUCCUUACAUCGGAGUGGCCAGUAUGGAACUGAUCACGUUUUUCCACAACAUCAUCGGCAACCCGUCGCAUCCUGUCGCUUUCCCAGAUAUAUUCUUGCCGUUCGAAGGCAAGCUGAACUUCUGGCAACGACUUUCUAGCUCUCUCUUCACAAUGUGCAUGUAUCUGACCAGCUUCAUCCCGCUGAAUGAGGAGAGUUUGAUCGAGAAACACUUCGGUGGAGGGAUUCCCCCAAUGAGAGAUCUUAUGCUGAACUUCAGCAUGAUGUUCGUCAAUGUUGAUCCUGCUUUCAACUUGAGACCUCUGGGUCCGGCGUUUGUAAGCAUUGGAGGUGGUAUGCAUUUGAGUCCUCUGAAACCUUUGCCACAGGAUUUACAAGAAUUCAUGAAUGGAGCAGAAAGAGGAGUGGUUUAUUUUAGUCUAGGAACCAAUAUCAAGAGUAAUAGACUGUCACCUGCAUUGAGAAAUGUUAUAAUGGACACGUUUAGAGAACUUCCUUAUAGACUACUGUGGAAAUUUGAUAAGGUGGACUUCCCAGAUAUACCAAAGAAUGUGAAAAUUAUGAAUUGGGUACCUCAGCAAGACAUUCUCAGGCAUCCAAAAGUGAAACUUUUCAUAACUCAAGGAGGUCUCCAGUCGAUAGAAGAAGCAAUAUUCAGCAAUGUUCCGCUGAUCGGUAUACCUUUUGUGAUCGAUCAAGAUGCCAAUGUGAAAAAAAUUGUGGGCGAAGGAUGCGGAUUGUAUCUGGAUAAAAACACACUGACUACAAAGACUUUCAAGGCUGCCAUAUUAGAAGUUCUCAAUAAUCCAAGGUAUAAGAAGAAAAUAACAGAAAUUGCAGAAUUGUCUCAGGAUCAGCCAAUGACUGGGUUGCAGAAAGCAGUUUGGUGGACCGAAUACGUUCUACGUCAUAAGGGGGCCCAUCAUUUCAGAAAUCCUAUUAUAGACUUGCCAUUUUAUCAGUAUUACCUUCUAGAUGUGAUGGGAUUCUUGGUUGUUAUAAUUUUCUCAUUUUGGUUGUUUUUUUAUUGGAUUGCUAAUAAGACUAGAACUUUCAUUGAACGAUGGCUAGGGAAAUUAUUCGUUAACAAAAAAAAUAUCAAGCGGAAGUUGAAUUAAAUUGGCUGGUUCCAUUACUUUUAUUAUUUUCAUUUCCUUGUUCUAUUUAUUUAUUUGCAUUCAUUCAUUUUAUUUAUAUGGGGCACCGUGGCCGAGUUUGUCUAUAUGCGCUGGUAAUACUGUCGGUUCGAAUCCGGCUAUCGGCUGAGCAUUUUUCUUUGAAAUGUGUGAUUCAUGGUUGUGAUCCUGGCAGCACCUCGAUGCCCUAGAUGUGGUUCGGUUUCCACUUUAUGCUGAAGGUCCCGCUCUUCCUGAUCCCGCCCAAGUUUCGACUUCUGAGGAGUUGAUUCCCAACUCUGAAGUAGCAAUAUACAA